AUGGGGACGCUCUCCGCUCCCGCGGGGGUGCACGGUUCCGAGGAAGAUCUCUCGGUAUUUCCGGAGUCCCUGAGGGGCAAGCGGAUCCUGCUGUGCUCCGAGUCGUUCGGGCCCGUCAACGGCGUGUCGCGCACGACGCUGAUGCUGGUCAACCACCUGCGCGCCAACGGGGCCGUGGUCGCCGUGGUCGCGCCGCACAACCACACGCAGCACAACACGUUUGUGCCGAAACCCGACGACCCGCAAGAAGAAGCCGCGGCCAGCAGCAGCAGCAGCAGCGGGGUGCAGAACCUCGAAGUCCGCAUCCACGGCUACCCGCUGCCCUACAACCCUGAGCUGUCCAUCGUCUACCCCGUCAGGCUCUCCUCGCUCUACAGGCAGACGUUUGGUUCGCCCCCGGACCUCAUCUACCUGGCCUCGCCGGCCUCGCUGGGGUUCCAGGUCAUGCUGCAGCUGCGGCAGCAGCCGCGCGAGAGCCAGGUUCCCAUCAUCUGCAACUUCCAGACCGACCUAGCAGGGUACUGCGCGAUCCUGUUUCCGCCGCCGUUUGGCGACCUGGCGGUCGCGGCCUUCUCGCGCGUGCAGUCGUUCCUGUUCCAGCACCCCAGCGUGCGCACGCUGUUCUACCCGAGCCGCUUCGUGCGGCGCUACCUGGAGAAGAGCGGCGUGGGGGCCGGCAAGCUGGAGCUCCUGCAGCGCGGCGUCGACACGGCGCUGUUCCAUCCGGCGCGCCGCAGCGAGGCGCUGCGCAGGGCGCUCGCCCCGAGCGGCGAGAUCAUCCUCAUCUGCGUGGCGCGGCUCGCGGGCGAGAAGGGCUUCGACUUCCUCGCUGCGGCGGCGCGCAGCCUCGACGCGCGCGGCCUGGCGUUCCGGCUGUACAUUGUCGGCGGCAACCGCAACGCGGCCGUCGAGGCCGAGAUCAAAGACUCGUUCGCGCCACUGGCCGCGCGGGGCAAGGUCGUGUUCGCGGGGUUCCAGGUCGGCGAGCUGCUGGCGGCGGCGUACGCGUCGGCCGACGUGUUCCUGCACGCGAGCACGACCGAGACGUUCGGGCUCGUCGUCCUCGAGUCCAUGGCCAGCGGCGUGCCCGUCGUCGCCAGGGACGAGGGCGGGCCGAGCGAUACCGUGCGCCACGGCGAGACUGGGUUUCUGACGCCGCCUGACGAUCUGGCGGCCUUUGUGGAUAAGGUCGUGCUCUUGGCGGCGGAUCCCGCCCUGCGCGAGCGCCUCGGCCAGAAUGCUCGCCGCCAGGCUGAGGGGGCGACGUGGGAGAGGAUCAACAACAAGGUUGCGCGGCGCAUGGCAGACGUUAUCGAGGAGCGCGAGCGGGAGCGGGUUCUGACUGAGAGUGCACAAAGGCUCAGCAAGGUACAAGGACAUGGGGCCAGCCCGAGCAGCGCGGAUUUUGCAAAUGUAACGUCGGUGUUCGGGUGGUUGUUACAGAAUGAUGCCACUCGUGCGAGAAUUGUCGAUGCGCGCCUUGCGGGCGGGAUUGCCGUCAUUUCCGUGUCCUGGGUUGUCGUGGGCGUGUACCUCGUCUUCAUCAAGGCCGGCAUAUGGGUCAAGGCGCAAGUGUUGAGGUCGGGGAUUAAGUUUUAG